AUGCCCGGCCUCCCGACCAAGCCCAACAACAUCCCCCUCGCCUCGUCCCUGCCCAAGGUCUCGUUCCGCCGCAUCCCCGCACAAGAGGCAAUCGCGCUCGCCGCCCCCGCCGGCGUCGUCGACCAGCAGAAUGUCGACUUUGGCUUCAACGACGGCAGCCCCUUUGAGCGUCCAGAGCACUACCUCCGCUACGUCGAACCCAUCGAGACCGAGCUCAAACACCAGGUCGAGUACGACAUGGACGAGCAGGACCAGGAGUGGCUCGACGCGCUCAACGCAGACCGAAAGAGGGACCAGCUCGACGCCGUAUCCAACGAGGUCUUUGAAAUCAUCAUCGACCAGCUCGAAAAGGAGUGGUUCGACCUCAUGAAGCAGGUCCCCACAAAGCCACCCCACGGCGCACAGGACGACCCGGGCGCAGACGACGACGACGGCGAGGACACAAAGUGCGCAAUCUGCGACGAUGGCGAGGGCGAAAACUCCAACGCCAUCGUCUUUUGCGACGGCUGCAACCUCGCCGUGCACCAAGACUGCUACGGCAUCCCCUACGUGCCCGAGGGCCAGUGGCUGUGCCGCAAGUGCACCGUCUCGCCGGACCGCGCCGUGUCGUGCAUCCUCUGCCCGCACGAGGGCGGCGCGUUUAAGCAGACGACCCAGGGCAAGUGGGCCCACCUCCUCUGCGCCAUGUGGAUCCCAGAGACGGGCGUCAGCAACCCCGUCUACAUGGAGCCCAUCGACAGCGUCGAAAAGAUCCCAAAGGCGCGCUGGCGCCUCCAGUGCUACCUCUGCCGCUGCAAGAUGGGCGCCUGCAUCCAGUGCGACAACAAGGUCUGCUACGCCGCCUUCCACGUCACCUGCGCCACGAAGGCCGGCCUCCUCAUCCAGACCGAGCGCAAGCGCACCAGCCACCACGGCGGUGGCGGCGGCGGUAAUGGCGGCGGCGGCGACAGCGGCGACGACGACUCGGACAGCGACGCCGCCCCCAUCCUCCGCGCCCGCUGCCACAAGCACGUCCCGCCCAAGCUGCGCUCCCAGCUCAAGAUCUCGUUUGACCGCGCCAACGCCAUAUCGGCCUACGACGACGACCUCGACGGCCCCGCCGUGCGCGGCUCGCCCUUUGGCCACUCGUCGCAGCGCACGCGCGAGCAGUCGCUCGACUCUUCGUCGGCGGCGCCGCUGAUCCCCGUCAGCCGCUCCGGCUCGGUGCUGGCCGACCACGACGGCCAGGGCAGCAAGUCGGCGCGCGCCUACAAGAGGAGCUACCGCGCCGGUCCGCCGCUGGUGCCGGCCUACAUCGUCAACCGCGUGCUCGACUACAUCGGCCGCAUCGCGCUGCGCAAAAAGCCGCCGCUGGUGGCCCAGAUUGCGCGCUUCUGGUCGCUCAAGCGCGAGGCGAGGCGCGGCGCGCCCCUCCUCAAGCGCCUCCACCUCGAGCCCUGGACGGCGUCGUCGCACACAAAGGAGCAGACCGACGCGCAAAAGGUCAAGAAGCUCGCCUUUCUCAACACGCUGCGCAACGACCUCGAGGCGGUGCGCAUGCUCGCCGAGCUGGUGCGCAAGCGUGAGCGCGAAAAGCUGCGCCAGGCCAGGCUGCUCCGCGACGCCCUCGUCAACGCCACCCUCUUCCCCUACUACGACGUGCUGGCGUCGGCGCUGGCCAAGGUCGAGGCGCUCGACCGCGCCCACUUCUUCGCCGCCCCCGUGUCGCGCACCGAGGUGCCCGAUUACUACGACAUCAUCAGGGAGCCCAUGGACUGGUCGACGAUGCGCGACCGGCUCCACGAAAAGGCGUACGCCUCGGUGCAGCAGUUCAGGGACGACGUCGGCCGCGUCCUCGCCAACGCCAUGACCUACAACAAGGCCGACACGCCGUUCCACAAGGCGGCGUCGCGCAUCCAGCGGCAGCUGCCCCACGCCUUCCGCGACCUCGAGCACAUCGAGCAGCUGCACCAGGCGUCGUUCCAGGCCGCCUGCCGCAAGCUGCGCCCGAAGCGCGGCGACCCUGCCGAUGCGGACCGCGACGUCGUGCUCGACGACGACACUCGCGACGCCCUGCAGCAGCUGAGGCUCGAGCCGCCCAUCGACCACGUCAUGCUUCUGCGCGAUUACGCCGGCAUGGCAUCGAGGGAGCUCCACGAGGCCGAGGCCACCGAUGCGACGAUGACGGCGGCGGCGACGCCAAAGGCCUCCCGAGCCCGCGCAUCCCGCUCUGCGGUCGCGACGCAGCGGUCGUCGCGGGCGACACGGGCGCGGCCGGCGCGGAAGACCACGGAAGAUAAAGUCGACAGCGGUGACGAGCACGACCAGGGCAAACGCCCGAGCGACGCAGUGGCCGCUUCCGGGGCGCACGAAGACGAAGGAGCGGGCGGCAAGCCAAAACGACCAAAGCGAGGCCAUAUCCCCGGUGAGCCCGAGGAGAUCGUGACCGAAGAGGUCGAUGCCAUCGACUCGUUCCUCCGCUUCAACACGGGCUGGAUCCUCAAGGAGGGCGCCAAGCGGAAUCGAGGCCCGCGGACGCCCACCUCGUCGUCGUCGGCUGCCGUUGCCGAGGAACCGCCGUUGAAGCGACCGAGGAAGGCAUCGGCGCCCUCGGCCAACACGUCACAGGCAAGCGCAGCGAGCGCAGCAGGUACCGCGGCCGCCACUGCGUCGCCGCAGCGACCACGUGCCAAGACGCAUCCGACCCGUCUCGCCGGCGCCAGCGCUCGGCUGCUCGAUUCGGGCGAUGGCAGGAAGAAGGCAGAUCCCGACGAGGCGCCCGUCGAGUCUGAGCAGACCGGCGCGACCGAAGGCGAGGUCGAAGCCACCGUGGGCGAGGACGACGUAGCGUCGACCGAGGCGACCGAGGCGACCGCAGCGGACGCAGCGGACGCAGGCCCGACCAACGGCAAGCCCAGCGACGAGGAGAGGCCGCGGGCUACGCCUAGCCGGACGCCGCUCGGCGAUGCGGAUGGCGAGGCGACGACGGCCGACACGAGCGGGCGAAGCUCUCCACUGUCUUCGGAGGGCGAAGACGAAGGGGACGAGGCGGCGAGCCCCUCGCCAGACAAGGCGACGGGACGUGCGCUGAGAUCGGCCCCGCAACAAUGUCAUGCCGUCGAUGGUCCUGUCCACAGCUCCACCGAAGCCGAAGGAGCGGCAGCCACAGCCGACGACGCAGCGGACCUCGGCGAUGGCGACGACGACGACGAGGAAGGCGGCGUCACGCCUAGGCGGGCGCUCAAGAGCCGCAAGAGCAGGGUCAAGGCGCCGCCAUCGUCCGCACCACGCAAGUCGGCGCGCAAGCCGAGGCGUCGAUCCGCCGCCGCCGACGACGGCGACGGGGCGAUGCCAAACGAGGACCCGCUGUGCGUGCCGCACACGCUGGUGUGGGCCAAGAUGGAGGGCUUCCCCUACUUUCCCGCCGAGGUCGUCGACGAGGACGACGAGGACCAAGAGAUCCCGGAUCGGGUGCUCGAGGAAAAGGCGAGGCAGGAGGCGCUGCUCCUCGGGCCCUCGGCGGCGGCGUCGGUGUCGUCGUCGUCGUCGUCAUCUUCAAAGGCGGCGUCGCCGGCCGACGCAGCGUCGGGCAGCAGUGCGAUGCGGCGACAGGCGUCGUCCACCUCCUCGUCUUCCGUCUCCGCUUCGGCGACGGCGACAAAGGCAGGCUCACCAGACGACGCCGCCGAGGCUGCAAGCGCCGGCAACAACGGCCAAGGAGGGGCGACGGCUGCGGCGAGCGAGACGAAGCUGGUGCUGGUGCAGUUUUUCGGCGCCAAGGUGCGCGAGUACGUGUGGCUGCCGACGACCAAGCUGCGGAUGAUGUUUGAGGAUGCGGGCGUCGACGACGAGCUGCUGGCGGUCAAGGAGAAGAAGUACGCCAAGCACCGCCGCAAGGUGCGCGAGGCGUUUCAGCUGGCCAAGGCGCAGCUGGAUGCGUGA